AUGGCGCGGCGGAUGAAGCGGCCCGUCAGCCGGCGAGAAUACUGGCGAGUGCGUGCGAAAGCGCGGCGCACGCGUCGCGACGCGCAGGAGGUGAGCUUCGACAGCAGCGUGUUGUGUCAGAGCUGCGGCUUUAAUGUCUACGUGCAUGAGCGGGCGGUCGACCUCUCCGCAGCUCAGAUGCGAACGCUGCGGGGCGACGCGUGCGCUCUUCGCGCACGGCAUGGCGCCGCGUCCUUCUUCCUUCCGCUCUCAGCUGCCGUCGACCUCGCCAGCGAACCGCGCCACCCCGCCUCUCCAGGCUGCUCUCCGGCCUUGCUGCGUUACGUUGCACAGCUGCUGCUGUCCGAGCUGCAGGACCAGCAGGACCGAGCCCGAUUGCACAUCGCCGGGCUCCUUGACGGCGGCACCUGCGGCGCCGAGUUUUGGGUGCAGCGCCGCGCGGCGGGCGAGCACGCGAUCAACUGGCACUGGGACAAGGACGAGUCUCUGCUAGACAGCAGCGGGCUGACUGCCCACCCGCUCGUGUCGACGGUGACCUACCUCACGUCUGGCGGCGCGCCCACGGUGGUGCUCGACGCGCGGACCGACGAGCACGGCCGGCUGCUGCCGCCCGGAGACGGGUCGUGGGAGGGCGGCGCCAUCGCCGCGACCGUCUCGUACCCAAAGUCUCGCCGGCUGCUCCGCUUCGACGGGCGGCUGCUGCACGGCUGCCCGCCGCAGCUGGCCGGGCCGGAGGCGGAGCCGCGCUCGCACGGCGAACGCCUCACGCUGCUCGUCAACGUCUGGGUGGGCCACCGCCCGCUCGGCCUGCCCACCGCGCCGAGCGAGGCGCUCCUCCGCCUGCUGCGCUGCGUGCCGGCACACUCCGGCCAGGUGCUCGCCCUGGACGCCACCACGCCUUGGAACCGCCUCGACGUCCCUCCGGCGAGGCAUGUCGGCCGCAGCUCGGGCGAGCGGCUCGCGGCGCCGGUGAUGGGAGGGCGCGCCGAGCUCCGCUUCGCGCUGCCAAAGCCGAGCACUGCCGCCGAGGGACGAGGCGUCGUCACGUGGAAAGACGUAGGAGUGAGGUUGGAGGUUGCACAGCAAUAA